AUGGGUCGUUCCAAUUGGAGUUUGAAAAUGCUUUUCAUUCUGUCAGAGACGUUGUUAUUGAUAGUUACCACCACAGUUAGCCAGCCACAAUUUUUCCAUCACAAAUGUUCCAAUAACAUAGGUAACUACACCAACACCAGUCCAUUCAAGAAAAAUCUAGACACCGUUCUUGCAUCCAUCUCCACCAAUUCCCAGGUCGACAAAGGUUUCUAUGCCAUCGAAGGAGAAGAACCAAACAGAGCCACUGCAAUGGCGCUCUGCCGGGGUCCUGUUCCACCGGAAAAUUGUACAAUUUGUGUGAAAGACGCAACCCGUAUGAUUUCUCAAACAUGUCCUAACCAAAAGGAAGCAGCAGGAUGGUACCAUGAUUGUCAAAUUCUUUACUCAAACAAAACUAUUCAAGGUGUAGGAGAUACUUCUGCCAGGAUACUUUAUUUCAACACUGGAAAAGCCUCAGACCCGAUUGAGUUUAAUCAGGCACUUGGGGAGUUGUUGAAUGGUUUGAGAGAGAAGCUAAAUGAAAAAGGGACUCCAACUCUCAAGUCUUAA